UGGAUUACGUCCCUACUUAUAACCAGCGGAAUCGGAUCAUGUUUCUUUGAGCCAUAAGUCAAACAUAUGUUACGAUACAUUACCAUAUAUCCAUAGCACGUAAAACCAGCCUGCAUCUUAAAUUGUUAGUAAAUCAAAAAUGUUUAAAUAUUUGGCGGGAAUUUUCGCUAAUCCGCGCAAUGACUACGCGGACAAACGCCUGACGAUGCCCCUCACCAAGAAGAUGGGCUUCAUUCGUUCUCCGCAGUCUAAGAAGUCCUCUCAGGUGAACAUAUCUUUGAAAACCAUUAUAAAUGGAGGCAGGUUGGCGACGAUUGGAAAGGGGAAGCUGGAAAACAGGGAGCAACGUCGUCGAAGGGAUGGAAAUCCCCAGGUGCCGCGAAGCAAAAGUCGCUCCUCCCUUAGCCAAAAAUUUACUAACGUCCAAAUGGAUCCCAUCAGCUAUAUAGUGAAUGUGGCAGAUUCAUCAUCAUCCCACGAAGAGAAGGAAAUUAUUCCUCAAAUAUCAAGCGAACCGAAACCUCUAGAGGAUCAGGAUACGAAAGCGUAUUGUCAGGCUAAAAAGGAAAAUAACACAUAUCCCGUUCCACCGCCAGUUAGCCGCGUUCAAAGCUUUACUGGACCCUUUAAUGCCAAUCCCUUUAAUGAGAGGGACGACCUGUCCACUUGGAAGAAGUAUUCGACUGGCGAGGAUGAGGAUCCGAUGGCUUGGGAAAUGUACUGGCUGCCAGAGGAGUUUUGGUCAGCGAAUUCUGAUUCAGCCAGCAACAAAUGAAGCAUUAUUCAGUGAAAUACAUUGUGUAGUUUACUUACAUUUU